AUGGUGCUGACGUUCGAAAGUCAAGCUCCGACGGACCUCGAGUUGGACGUCGUGGCACUUGAGCAUGCGGACAAGAAGCUCAAGCGACGGAGGUACAAGCGGGAUAGUACACGAGGGGCAGGCACGAGGAAAAGAAUGCUUUGCUGGGGUAAUGCGCGGCCUUGGAAGAGCAAGUGCAGGCGUUGCAACUUCAUCGUACGGCGCCGUUGGAAGGAGAUUGCCACGGCGCUGCGAUAUGCACACGAUGCUGAUAUGUCCAAGCUGGCCAUGCUGCGAUCUUUGGCGAUCAAAAACACGACGCUGUUGCAGCAUUUGCAGGCUGCGUCCGUGUCGACCUGGCACGACGUGACCCUGAGCGGCGACCCCUCGACGCGACUGCUGGGCCAGCGGUGGAUCACGCAGCGCAAGUUGCAUCACUUGGCCGCGAUGUUUCAAACCCAUGAGUUUCCUUCGUCUUCUGGCCACUCGUUCGACGACCUAUCGUUUGAUUUCGACGGCGACGGGCACUACGCCGCCGUCCAACGGUCGCAAUUCCACGUGCCCAUCCGCCACGACACAGCAGUGCCGCCACCAUCCCACGCGAUCUUUGACGCUUUGACCCCAAUCCAAUCAACGGCGAAGCCAAGUUUCGCCGUCGUUUUUGAAUGGCCAGACCGCUGUUCGAACGAAUCAUGGACAGUUUUGUGA